AGCGAGCAACUGGAGGAUUACAGCAUCACUUCAAUUUUUGACCAACAACCUGAAAACAGAGAUCGUCAGUGAAGAGGAGUUACAUUCAAAGUCACAGUCAAAGAAGAAAUUGACACCUGCAAUCUGUAUUGCAGGGAAGAACAAUGAAAUCUCAAAGCUUAUUCCAAUCGAGAAGAACACAUCGACGCAUGAAUCAUUUGCUCUUGCGGGCAGGAAUAUUUGUCGCGGCAAUUUUAUGUACAAAUGCAUCAAGCUCAACAGGGAAAAUAGGGCAGAACGGGCCGCUCCCGAAAUUUCCGUUGAUGGGGGUGACUUCGGAUCCAUUUAUCGAAUUUUCACCGAUGGUGGUUGGGGUUGUAUGCAGGGAUGGGGUUUUGCUCUUUGCUGUUCAUUCCAUUUUUUCCAAAGAUAACGCGGAACUCCCUUUGCUACGGGAUUCAAUCGGAGAGGAAAGUUGCACGGACAAUUCAGAAAAUCGAUCAAAUAAUACGCGUGUCGCGGCAUUCCAGAAGGAUCUCCCUCGAAGGUAUAGGGGACCCUUUCGAAUACAUCCAGUGGAUUCCUCUUGCGCAUCAGCUAUGGUUUGUUCCGGUUGGAGAACAGAUUGUCAGAACUUGAUUAACCAUAUCCGAUCAAUUGACAGGCGGGAACAACUUGAAUUUGGGCAUCACAUUGGCACCGCGCCGGAAUAUGGAAGCUUUUUGGCCUCGCAAGCUUCCCUACUGAUGGCAAAAUUUUGUGUCUCCGAAAGCAGGAGACCUCUGAGUUGUUUAGGCCUCUUGGCAUCAGGUUCUUGUUUGGGAUUAUGGGUGGUGGACGCAACGGGUGCAUACCGUGUUAGGGCUCACGCUUUGGGACAAGGCUCUGAUCGGAUGAAUGAAAUACUGAGGAAAGUAGACUGGACUCAACGAGAUAGCAAUGGAGUGAAAGAUGAGCUCCUCAGAUUACUAUACAGCGAUUCGGUUCACGAUUCGGAUGAUGAGAAUAGCAGCAGCGAAAUCAAAAUCCCCGAAGGUUCAUGCAUCGAGAUGGCAGUUAUAGAGAAACCAACAAGAAAAGCACCCAACACAAUGAAACGAUUAUUUGCGUCACUUUAGUCAGAUGCUAUUGACUUUUGAAAACAGUGAUGAUUUUAGUCAUCGAAAGUGUUGCUAUCAAAUUAAUAAAAACAUUCCAAAUGA